CUACUUCUCGUUUGUACAACAACACACUUACCUCUUUUUUCGGGUUAAUUCUUGCAGAUUAUCCAGUCGCGAAAAUGGCCAACCCUAGAGUCGAGGAGCUUCCCGAUGAGGAGCCUAAGAAGGUGACCGUCGAGGAGCACGAGGACGAUGAUAGCUCCGACUCCGAAAUCGAGGCUGGCGACUCCAGCCUGCCCGCCGGCUCGACCGCUGUCAUCCACUCGCGCAACGAGAAGAAGGCUCGCAAGGCCAUGGAGAAGCUGCACCUGACCCGCAUCCAGGGCAUCACCCGCGUCACCCUCCGCCGACCAAAGAACAUCCUCUUCGUGAUCAACAACCCCGAGGUGUACAAGUCUCCCAACAGCAACACGUACAUUGUCUUCGGUGAGGCCAAGAUUGAGGACCUGAACGCCUCCGCCCAGGCUGCUGCUGCCCAGCAGCUCGCCGCCGCCGACCAUGACCACGCUGGCCAUGACCACGGCGAGUCUAGCAAGGCCGUCGAGGGUGGUGAUGCUGCCAAGAAGGCCGCCGAGGAGGAGGAGGACGAUGGUGAGGAGGUCGACGCUGAGGGUAUCGAGGAUAAGGACAUCGAGCUCGUCAUGACGCAGGCCAACGUAUCACGGAAGAAGGCCAUUAAAGCGCUCAAGGAGAACGACAACGACAUUGUCAACUCCAUCAUGGCCCUCAGCAUCUAGUCACGCAACAGCGCACCCAUAUGAUUUUUGUUCCAUCUGUCAUGUGUGGUCUUGCAUGGUCAUUGCACCCUGAUGAUGCCCAAGCGGCAUGUCUUUUCCAUUGAUGCUUUCAAUUCUUAUUCUGGGUGGACUCCGGGAAUGGGUCGGUUCGUUGGGCAUAAGGUCUGAAAUAGGGGGGAAGCUGAGCCGUUUAGGGUUCACUGCUGGAAAAUAUAUGAAAAGCUCAUGGACUGGAAAAAGUCUCUUUGCAUUUCUUCGAAU